GCGCAGAGCUUUGUCAGACGCAUAUGGCCACCGAAGUAUUACGAAAUUUGUGCCCGUCUAGCGACCCGACUACCCGGUUCAUACGCUUCGUUCCAGAAGCUUCGCCUUCUUCUUCAGCAUUACCAUCACCAUCCAGCUGAAACGGUUUCUAAACCAUGGGCGAUGCUAUUGAUUUGACUGGUGACGGAGGUGUCAUAAAGACCAUUGUGAAAAGCAGCAAAAUUGAUGCUGAACGUCCAACUGAAGAUUUUCCUCUUGUUGAUGUUCAUUAUGAAGGAACACUUGCUGAUACUGGUGAAGUAUUUGAUACCACACACGAGGAUAACACAGUGUUCACUUUUGAGCUUGGAAAGGGCAGUGUUAUCAAGGCUUGGGACAUUGCAGUGAAGACCAUGAAGGUUGGAGAAAUUGCAAAAAUUACUUGCAGGCCAGAAUAUGCAUAUGGCAGUGCAGGAUCUCCACCAGAUAUCCCCCCAGAUGCGACACUUGUUUUUGAAGUUGAGCUAGUGGCUUGUAGGCCCCGGAAGGGUUCCAGUCUGGGAAGUGUUUCUGACGAGAGGGCUAGGCUAGAAGAGCUGAAGAAGCAGAGAGAGAUUGCUGCUGCAGCCAAAGAGGAGGAGAAAAGGAAGAGAGAGGAAGCAAAAGCUGCAGCUGCUGCUCGUGUGCAAGCCAAGUUAGAGGCCAAGAAAGGUCAAGGAAAGGGUAAAGCCAAAGCAAAGUAGGGACUCAUGAAAAGCGUCCUACAUUGAUUUGAUAUUUAUGAUGAUAAUUGAAAAGCUGUGAUGUCCUGCCCUUGGGUCCAUUCUAAUUCAAGGGAUGAAUAAAAUUCUAGACUGAAUUCAGUUACUCAUUGUUGUGAUUAUACUAUACUAUGUAUGGUGCCUUUAUAACGGAAUGAAGAGGACGCAAAAGGCAUCAGAUAGUUAAUGUCUUUCCUCCUCGUGUGAUGACGUCGUUGUUGGCGCUUGUUAACGAUGUCAGGUAUAUCCGUAUAUGCUUAUGAGGGGCUGGAAUACUAUUGUUGGCCAUGAUUACAGAGAAGCCAAUGCAUGUAGUAAUAUGUUUGUCAGAUUUGCUCAUGAUAUUAAUGUCAACUUUUUAUAAUUUA